CUAGGAUCGGGUGGCUUCGGUGUUGUGUUCCGUGCCACGUACAAGGGCAGGGAUGUAGCAGUAAAAGAGCCGCACGACUCCGACUGCUUUCAGAGGGACGAGCGACUUCGCGCAGCCUUCAUGAGGGAGGCGAACAACCUGCACAAGAUGUACCAUAGAAAUGUGGUAGAGUUUGUCGGGGCCGUCACGGUCGACCACCACGGAGAUGCUUCUUACAUGAUGGUCACUGAACUGCUGCCGGAGUCCUUGGAAGGCUUUCUGGUUGGCAUGCAGACGUUGGGAGCAGAGGAGCGACGAGAGCGAGCACUGUGCAUUGCGAUGGAACUUGCCGAAGGCCUCGCAUUUCUGCACUCAGUGAGGAUAGUUCAUAGGGAUAUCAAACCGCAGAAUAUCAUGAUGGACCGACGGGGUUCGCCGAAGUAUAUUGACUUUGGGCUGUCCAAGGAAAAGGACUCUAUCCUCCCGUCGAGGAGCAGCACCAGGUUAGCAGGCACCAUCGACUGGAUGUCGCCGGAGAAGAAGAGGGGAGGAGCGUCGACGUCAGCAUCAGAUGUUUACUCGUUGGGGCUCGUGUUCAUGAACAUAGUAACCGGCGAGAAGCCU